CCAGGAUGUUCUUUCAGAGGACUCCCCCCUUUCAAACUGCUGUUUGACAUUAGAUUGCGACUGAAUCAACUCGACUGGCUUUUUAGUAAAUCCAUAACAGGUUUUAUUGGAGUUUCCAAUGCCAGCCUGUGAUACAAAGAGCAGCUCAAUCCUCAGUCUCCCACAGAUCUACUGAAGGCAUUUAACUGAAUUGGAGCUCCAUACGAUGUGAAUGGAGAAUCUCUCUGGCACUACUAUGAUGGGUCAGGGCAGAAGAGUCCUGCUCACAUGGAUAAGUCUGAGCCUGUUUGUGAGUUUCCAUACGGUCGCAGGGGACAGAGAGAGCCUCUUCCAGCUUCAUACUAGUUAUGGUCUGCUGGAGGGCAGGCUGGUCAGAGUGAGAGAGAGCCAGAAGAAUGUGGCUGCCUAUCUGGGGAUCCCCUUCGCUGAGCCCCCUGUCGGGCCCCUGAGGUUCCAGGCCCCCCAGCCUCCUCGGGUGUGGCAGGGACUGAGAGACGCCAAGGCCUACCCCCCUCUGUGUCUGCAGAACAUGAACCACACUAGACAGAUGGGGAACCUGUACGGAGGUCGGUUCCCUGUCCUUACCACCUCAGAGGACUGCCUUUACCUGAACAUCUACACACCAGUCAAACCUGGAGACCCAAGGAAACUACCAGUGAUGAUUUGGAUCCAUGGUGGAGGCUUCCUCAUGGGAGGGGCUUCACUCUAUGAUGGCUCCUCAUUGGCUGCCUUCGGGGACGUUGUGGUGGUCAUCCUCCAAUACCGUCUGGGUAUCCCAGGGUUCCUCAGUACUGGGGAUGGCCAGUACCCUGGGAACGUGGGUAUUCUGGACCAGGUGUGUGCCAUGCGCUGGGUGCAGGAGACCAUCAGCAGCUUCGGUGGAGACCCAGGAUCUGUCACCAUUUUCGGAGAGUCUGCUGGUGGUGUCGCCGUCUUUUUACAUAUGAUGUCCCCUCUGUCAUCAGGACUGUUCCACAAGGCCAUCAGUCAGAGUGGAAUACCCCUCAUCCCUGUCUUCAUCCAGGAUGAUCCCAAACCUGCUGCACAGCUGGUGGCACAGAGAGCAGGCUGUCCCAGUGAUGACUCUGCAGAGCUCAUGACCUGCCUCAGUACCCUCAGCCAACAGGACAUAGAGGCUGCUACACCUGCACUGGGGGAGAUGGUUCUGUCUGUGCACAGGGAUGGGACAGUCAUCCCUACCAACCUGGAGGAAGUCCUGCAGACCAAGAGCUUCCUGGGCUUCCCCAGCAUCAUAGGGAUCAACAACCAUGAGUAUGGAUGGAUGCUCCCACAUUUUUUCCUAUUUCCUGGAUGGGAUCUUGGAAUGACCCGUGAAAACAUGAUGAUGAUCCUGGCAUUAAUGCUUCAGAAAGUGGUUAGUAAAGUAUGGUGGCAGACAGGGUUGGGUAGGUUACUUUCUAAAUGUAAUCCGUUAGAGUUACUAAAUUAGUUACCUGUCCAAAAUUGUAAUCAGUAACAUAACUUUUGGAUUGCCCAAACUCAGUAACGUAAUCGGAUUACUUUCAGUUGCUUUUUGAUUACUUUCUCCUUAAGAGGCAUUAGAAGAAGACGAAAAGGAUCCAUCAAACACAUUUGGUGUCAUCAUAGUGGUCUCUGACA